CUCUCUCCCGACCGGACUAGUCUAAUCAGUUUUUUGUUCACUUCUCAAAUUCUGUGUCUCAAAAUUAAUUCAUAUAAGAUAGAAGAAAAAAAAAGCCAAUAAUUUUCUUCUUCUUUGUCGUCCCAGUUAGUUCUCUUCGUUACUAUAUUCCUGUUUUUCUUCAUCAAUUAUUUAACCUUGAUCCACACUAUUUGUAUUUCUUUUUCUUUUCCUUGUUCUUGGGGAAUACAUAAUUACAAAACUACUUUUAAGAAAAGAGAGAAAAAGUAAGAAAAAAAAAUGUCACUGGACUUGGCAUCUGAACGUGUUGUUUAUGUUCACUGCAACUUCUGCAACACCAUUUUAGCGGUUAGCGUUCCUUGCACCAGUUUGUUCAACAAUGUGACUGUUAGAUGUGGGCAUUGUGCCAAUCUGCUGUCUGUAAAUAUGGGAACUUCACUUCAAACAGUUCCCAUUCAAGAUGCUCAGGAGUUGCAGAAACAACAGAUAAACACAGAUCAAGAUCAUUAUCAUUCGAAUAAGGAUAGCGGGUCGUCUUCUAAAUGCAACAAGUUUUCUGCCUUUGAUUCUGCAGAGGAUGAAGCACCUAGAAUGCCUCCUAUUCGCCCCCCUGAGAAGAGACAACGUGUUCCUUCUGCAUAUAACAGGUUCAUUAAGGAGGAAAUCCAAAGGAUCAAGGCUAGUAAUCCUGACAUCAGCCAUAGGGAAGCAUUCAGCACAGCAGCAAAAAAUUGGGCACACUUUCCUCACAUUCACUAUGGGCUAAAGCUGGAUGGAAACAAGCAAGCAAAAACGGACCAGGCAUUUGCAGGUCAGGGUACUCAAAAGUCUAAUGGGUACUACUAAAACACAAGGGCAACCUGUGACUAGAAGCUAGUCAUCACUCAUCACCAUAUAUGUAUAAUUACUAGAAGAAUUGAGGUUUUGAUGAAUUAGUCUCCUAAACUAGAUUGCAAGGAAGGCCCUCCUGAAAAACCUCACCUUGUUAUUAUGUAUGUUGCUUUUUUCACCUCUUAUCAUCAUCAGAAGUUUCUUUCCCUUCUAGUGAUUAUUGAAUUCAGAUCAUAUAUUUUCAAGUAAACAAACAUUCCCAGGGAAUAAUAAUAUGUGCAAUUUCGUUUGAUAACAAUUAUGGCAAAGUCUUAAUCUUUCAAUCUCUUUGCUCUUUUCCCUCUUUCUUUUUCUCAAUUUUCAGAGUGGGCAGCCACCGUCCUUCACUGUAUUACUAGCUAGGUAGAGAGGACCACUUAACCAAUAUGACAUUUCAUUGAUUUAGUGCUGUGCACGAAGUACCAUGAGCUCACCCCCAU